CGCUUGGCAGCCCUCCGUGCAGAGGCCGACAACGCGGUCGCGCGCGCCGACGAGGCAGAGGCCAAGAACAAGAAAUACGAGCAGCUCCUGCUCGAGAAGGAACAGGAGAUCACCUCUCUCCAGCACAAGAUAUCUGUCCUUGACGCCGAUCUCGAGAAGACAGAGGCGAAGCUGGCAGACUUGAAGUCGGCACAGGAGGACGGCGAGCAGAGCAAGACUGUGAACGAGGGUCUCCAGCGGAAGAUCCAGCUGCUUGAGGAGGAGCUUGACGCUGCAGAUAAGAACCUGAAGGAGGCUAUGGACAAGCUGCGACAGGUCGAUGUCAAGGCGGAACACUUUGAGCGACAGGUUACGCGUCUUGAACAGGAGCGUGACCAGUGGGAGAAGAAGUACGAGGAAGCGAACGAGAAGUACCGCGAGUCGAAGCGCGAGCUCGACGAGCUCGUUACCAGCAUGGAGGGUCUCUGA